CAAGUAACUAAUAAACACCCCUUAAAACAAAAAGCUUUUUAAGUAAAGAUUAACACACAAAGUAUAGUAAUACAGAGGAGGCAAGAAAAAGGAGACGCCUUUAUUAAUAAUCAAUCUCCAAUCUUAGUUUCAUCAGAAACGAAUCGACCCCCGUAAGGGAUCUAAGAGAGAAAAGAGAAGAAAAGAUCAUCUCUUUUUCAGUUUUAAUCUAUAUAAGCGAAAAGAGACAUCUUCUCUGCUUCUUCCUCUCGAGUGACCUCUGCUCUCAGCUGAUUGGUUCCUCUCUCUCUGAUCUACCAAAGCUGCUUUGGUUUCUUUGGGAUGCUCGUCGUUAUAGCUCGUAGAAUCCGCCGGCUGAUCUCAAACAAAAACAAAACUCUCUCUUUCGAUUCAUAUGGAUUUCAACGAGAUCUUGUCACUCUUCAUAUCUCAUCUCCCGCUAUUAGAGCUCUGUUCGGUCUCCAUCAACCUAACUCUCGUCGCAGUGUUUCUAUUCACCCUCUCCGCGACUCAGAUUCUCGUCUGCGUCCGGAGAGGGAGAGAUAGACUCUCCAAGGAAGACAACACUGUUAUUAACAUUAGCUCGGAGAGAAGAGAGGCUGCUGACGAUGUUAGUUUCGGGGCCGUGUUUAAACUAACUCUGCUCUGUUGCGUCUAUGUUUUAGGCGUCCAAGUUUUGGUGUCAGUGUUCGAUGGGAUUAGUGUUAUAAGAGAAGGCAGCGACUGGUUUGUUCUCUGCUUCCCGGUUUCUCAGGGUUUAGCUUGGUUUGUGAUCACCUUCUUAGCUCUCCAUUUGAGAUACAAACCCUCUGAGAAGUUACCUUUAUUGCUGAGGGUAUGGUGGUUCUUGUCUUUCUCCGUCUGUCUCUGUACUCUCUACGUGGACGGGAGAAAGCUAGCGGUUGAAGGUUGGAGAUACGGAUGCUCUUCUCACGUUGUGGCGAAUCUAGCCGUUACGCCUGCUCUCGGUUUCCUCUGCUUCGCGGCGCUGAGAGGCGUUUCCGGUAUCGAGAUUCGCCGUACCGAUGCUGAUCUCCAAGAGCCUCUGCUUGCAGAAGAGGAAGCGGCUUGUCUUAAAGUCACUCCGUAUAGCAGCGCUGGACUUGUUAGCUUAGUAACUCUCUCUUGGUUGGAUCCGCUUCUCUCAGCCGGGUCUAAAAGACCGUUGGAGCUUAAAGACAUCCCUCUUCUCGCCCCUAGAGACAGAGCCAAGUCGAGCUACAAGGUCUUAAAGUCGAACUGGAAGAGGUCGAAGUCGGAGAGGAGUCCAAGACCUCCUUCUCUAGCACGCGCCAUUCUGAAGUCUUUCUGGAAAGAAGCGGCUUGCAAUGCGGUCUUCGCUGGUCUCAACACUCUCUUGUCUUACGUCGGGCCUUACAUGAUCAGUUACUUCGUCGAUUACCUCGGAGGGAAAGAGAUCUUCCCUCACGAAGGAUACGUCCUCGCGGGGAUAUUCUUCGCGUCCAAGCUCGCGGAGACCGUCACCACGCGUCAGUGGUACAUGGGGGUCGAUAUCUUGGGGAUGCACGUGAGAUCAGCUCUAACAGCGAUGGUGUACAGAAAAGGUCUCAAGCUCUCGAGUAUAGCUAAGCAGAACCAUACCAGCGGAGAGAUCGUUAAUUACAUGGCGGUUGACGUCCAGCGCAUAGGAGACUACUCGUGGUAUCUUCACGAUAUCUGGAUGCUUCCAAUGCAGAUCGUCCUCGCUCUCGCUAUCCUGUACAAAAGCGUGGGGAUCGCGUCUGUGGCCACGUUAGUCGCGACGAUCAUCUCGAUUCUCGUCACGAUUCCUUUGGCUAAGGUUCAGGAAGAGUAUCAAGACAAGCUGAUGGCUGCGAAAGACGAGAGGAUGAGGAAGACGUCGGAGUGUCUGAGGAACAUGAGAGUUCUGAAGCUGCAGGCGUGGGAGGAUCGGUACAGAGUGAGGUUAGAAGAGAUGAGGGAAGAGGAGUACGGUUGGCUACGGAGAGCACUGUACUCGCAGGCCUUCGUUACCUUCAUCUUCUGGAGCUCACCGAUCUUCGUAUCAGCAGUUACGUUCGCUACUUCGAUAUUCCUAGGCACUCAGCUGACAGCUGGAGGCGUUCUCUCAGCUCUGGCCACGUUCAGGAUCCUCCAGGAGCCGCUCAGGAACUUCCCCGAUCUGGUUUCGAUGAUGGCUCAGACGAAAGUCUCUCUCGAUAGGAUCUCAGGGUUCUUGCAGGAGGAAGAGCUUCAAGAAGAUGCGACUAUCGUUAUCCCACGUGGGAGUUCGGAUGUAGCCAUAGAGAUUAAAGACGGUGUUUUUUGCUGGGAUCCGUUUUCUUCGAGGCCGACUUUGUCUGGGAUUCAGAUGAGAGUAGAGAAAGGUAUGCGCGUGGCUGUCUGCGGCACGGUUGGUUCUGGUAAAUCGAGUUUCAUCUCUUGCAUCCUCGGAGAAAUACCCAAAAUCUCCGGUGAAGUUAGAAUAUGUGGUACUACUGGGUAUGUGUCACAGUCGGCUUGGAUUCAGUCUGGUAACAUUGAAGAAAACAUUCUAUUUGGCAGUCCAAUGGAGAAAGCAAAGUACAAGAACGUGAUUCAAGCGUGUUCCCUGAAGAAAGAUUUAGAGCUUUUCUCGCAUGGUGACCAGACUAUUAUAGGAGAGAGAGGCAUAAAUCUCAGCGGCGGCCAGAAGCAGCGUGUUCAGCUUGCGAGGGCGUUGUAUCAAGAUGCUGACAUUUAUUUACUAGACGAUCCUUUCAGUGCUCUUGAUGCACACACCAGCUCUGAUUUGUUUAGGGAUUAUAUUCUAACUGCAUUGGCUGAGAAAACAGUGGUGUUUGUGACCCAUCAAGUUGAGUUUCUUCCUGCAGCUGAUCUAAUAUUGGUUAUGAAGGAAGGCAGGGUUAUUCAAUCGGGUAAAUACGAUGAUCUUCUACAAGCAGGAACCGACUUCAAGGCCUUAGUGUCUGCACACCACGAAGCAAUCGAGGCAAUGGACAUCCCAAGUCCAUCCUCAGAAGACUCUGACGAAAACCCAAUCCUAGACAGCUUGGUCAUGCAUCAUAACUCAAAGUCAGAUAUCUACGAAAACGACAUCGAGACUCUGGCAAAGGAAGUCCAAGACGGAGGAGGAUCUGCUUCGGAUCAAAAGGCGAUCAAAGACAAGAAGAAGAAAGCAAAGAACCGUUCCCGGAAAAAGCAGCUCGUCCAAGAAGAAGAGAGAGUGAAAGGCAAAAUCAGCAUGAAAGUGUACUUGUCGUACAUGGGUGCAGCUUACAAAGGGCUUCUCAUUCCUCUGAUCAUACUCGCGCAAGCCUCUUUCCAGUUUCUACAGAUCGCUAGUAACUGGUGGAUGGCUUGGGCGAAUCCUCAGACCGAAGGGGACCAGUCUAAAGUAGAUCCCACGGUUCUUCUCGUCGUCUAUACAGCCUUGGCUUUUGGAAGCGCCUUGUUCAUAUUCGUACGAGCUGCUCUCGUUGCAACUUUCGGUCUAGCUGCUGCUCAGAAGCUCUUCUUGAACAUGCUUAGAAGCGUGUUCCGAGCGCCGAUGUCGUUCUUUGAUUCCACUCCAGCAGGAAGGAUCUUGAAUCGAGUUUCGAUUGAUCAAAGCGUUGUGGACCUUGACAUACCAUUUAGACUCGGAGGGUUCGCUUCGACAACGAUACAGCUAUUCGGAAUCGUCGGAGUCAUGACCAACGUCACAUGGCAAGUCUUCCUUCUCGUUGUUCCAGUGGCGGUUGCUUGCUUCUGGAUGCAGAAGUAUUACAUGGCUUCUUCGAGGGAGCUGGUCCGCAUAGUCAGCAUCCAGAAGUCUCCUAUAAUCCAUCUCUUCGGGGAAUCGAUAGCAGGUGCAGCCACGAUAAGAGGGUUUGGCCAGGAGAAAAGAUUCAUCAAGAGGAACCUUUACCUUCUAGAUUGUUUCGCUCGGCCUUUCUUUUGUAGUAUAGCUGCGAUAGAGUGGCUUUGUCUGCGCAUGGAGUUGCUUUCCACGCUUGUGUUUGCUUUUUGUAUGGUUUUGCUCGUUAGUUUCCCUCAUGGAACCAUUGAUCCAAGUAUGGCAGGGCUUGCUGUGACAUAUGGGCUUAACUUGAACGGGCGUCUAUCACGGUGGAUACUUAGCUUCUGUAAGCUUGAAAACAAAAUCAUCUCGAUCGAAAGGAUUUAUCAGUACAGUCAGCUUUUAGGGGAAUCCCCAGCGGUUAUAGAAGAUUCCCGACCACCUUCUAACUGGCCUGAAAGAGGAACUAUUGAGCUGCUUGAUGUUAAGGUUCGUUAUGCUGAGAAUCUUCCAACGGUACUCCACGGGAUAAGCUGUGUGUUCCCUGGUGGAAAGAAGAUUGGUAUUGUUGGAAGAACGGGAAGCGGGAAAUCGACUUUGAUUCAAGCUUUGUUUCGGCUGAUCGAGCCAACUGCUGGAAAGAUCACUAUAGACAACAUUGAUAUCUCUCAGAUUGGUCUUCAUGAUCUCCGUAGUCGCCUUGGCAUCAUACCUCAGGAUCCUACAUUGUUUGAAGGAACGAUCCGUGCAAAUCUUGACCCUCUUGAAGAGCAUUCAGAUGAUAAAAUCUGGGAGGCACUUGAUAAGUCCCAGCUUGGUGACGUUGUUAGAGGAAAAGACUUAAAACUCGACUCUCCAGUGCUGGAGAAUGGAGAUAACUGGAGUGUUGGGCAGAGACAGCUAGUGUCGCUUGGGAGAGCAUUACUUAAACAAGCGAGAAUACUUGUUCUUGAUGAAGCAACAGCAUCAGUCGACACAGCAACAGACAAUUUGAUCCAGAAGAUUAUCAGAACUGAGUUUCAAGACUGCACUGUCUGCACCAUUGCUCACCGAAUCCCAACUGUUAUCGACAGUGACCUUGUUUUGGUUCUCAGCGACGGUAGAGUAGCAGAGUUUGAUACUCCUGCACGGCUCUUAGAAGACAAAUCAUCCAUGUUCUUAAAACUUGUGAGCGAAUACUCCUCAAGAUCUAGUGGGAUGCCUGACUUGUGAGCAUUCAUGUUAAAAAAUUGAGGUUAGGGGUUUUUGUUUCUGAAGAGAAACAUAAAAACUGAAAAAUGUGACAAAGCUUAAAGUCUCUAAGCAAAGAGAGUUCCACUGGGUAGAAGAAAGAAAAAAGAAUGACAUGAUGCAGUCUUCAUGCUCAUAUUAUACUUUUAAAGCCACUCUUUUGAACAUUGAAAGAGACCUUUUUGUAAGGAACAUAGCUUCUGUGGUGAUCUUUUUAAAUGUUAUUUGAUAAUCUGCAAAAACAGUUCUUUU